GUUGAUUUUUAUUGACUUUAGCACCAUGUUCUCUAAAAUCAUAGCUUUGAGCGCCGUCCUGGCGGUGUCUGCGGCGGGUCUCCUGCCCCAGGCCCACUACUCCUCAGCAGCGGCUGUAUCCUCCCAGAGCAUCGUGCGCCACGACCAGCCGCAGGCCAUCCACGCCGCUCCCGUCGCCAUCCACUCUGCUCCCCUCGCCUACCAAGCCGCACCCAUUGCCACCUACGCGGCUCCCGCCCGUAUCUCCGCCGGACAUGCCGUGUCCUCUCAGACCAUCCUGCGUCACGAGCAGCCGCGUGCCGCUUACGGCAUCGCUCCCCUAGCAUACGCCGCCGCACCCGCACACUACGCCGCGCCCCUCAUCAGCCAUGCCGCCCCCCUCAUCAGCCACGCCGCCCCCCCACACUAUUCCUCAGCUGCCGCUGUCUCCUCCCAGAGCAUCGUGAGGCACGACCAGCCGCAGGCUAUCCACGCCGCUCCCGUAGCCAUCCACGCCGCUCCCCUCGCCUACCAAGCCGCUCCCAUCGCCACCUACGCAGCCCCUGCCCGUAUCUCUGCCGGACAUGCCGUGUCCUCUCAGACCAUCCUGCGUCACGAGCAGCCGCGUGCCGCGUACGGCAUCGCUCCCCUAGCAUACGCUGCCGCACCUGCACACUACGCCGCGCCCCUCAUCAGCCACGCCGCCCCCCUCAUCAGCCACGCCGCCCCACUCAUCAGCCACGCCGCCCCCGCCGCUAGGCUUAUCGCUGCGCACCAAGAUGAAUACGCUCACCCCAGAUACGACUUCUCGUACUCCGUGGCUGACGGACACACCGGCGACAACAAGUCGCAACAGGAGAGCCGCGACGGCGACGCCGUGCACGGCCAAUACUCGCUGUUGGAGGCCGACGGUUCCGUGCGCACCGUGCAGUACAGCGCUGACGAUCACACCGGCUUCAACGCGGUCGUGACCAACUCUGCGCCCGCUCACCACGCCGCUCCUGCACACGCAAUCCUCGCUCAUCACUAA